UCUUUAUUUUUUUUUUCUAUCCAAUUUCUCUAAAAGUCCAACAGCGACAACAUAAGUUUCUCUCUCUACAAUGGCGUGUCUAUAUAAAGCAAGGUCGUCGAUUCAUAACGACCAUCUCCAUUACUUCUCCAUAACCUUACAAGAAACUAAAACAGGAUAAGAUCUUCAGAUUCAACACUCCAAGAAACCUCCCAAUCGAACUAGCUAGUUUAGAUUCUUUAUUAUCUCGAGGAUGAAACUUAUUGAGAAGUCGAUGAACAAGACCAAGUUUAUGACUAUGCAAGAGGAGGAGGAAGACAGAGGUGAGGGUUUCCACAAGAUCGAGGUAGCUAUGAUUGACCGGAGCAACUUAUCUCCGCCGCCAGCUUCUGCUGCUACUGCUACUGCACCAUUGCGUGAGGUUUCCGGCGACCUGAUUCCACCGUUGAACUUUGCGAUGGUCGAUAACGGUAUCUUCCGGUCUGGUUUCCCGGACACAGCGAACUUCCCCUUCAUCAAGAGUCUUGGCCUUCACUCAAUCAUAUCUUUGUGUCCAGAGCCGUAUCCGGAGAACAACAUGCAAUUCCUCAAAUCCAAUGGAAUUAGUCUUUUCCAGUUUGGCAUUGACGGCUCCAAGACCAAGUGUCUGCCCGGAUUAGAGAACGAGGUUUGGUUGCAUAUUUGGGGUUCUAAGCAUCACAAAGAGGGUUCCUAUACAAAUGGAAAUUCGAAAACUUCGGAGCCAUUUGUAGAUAUCCUAGAUAAUAAAAUCCGUGAAGCACUCAAAGUCCUUCUUGAUGAGAAGAACCAUCCACUUUUGAUUCAUUGCAAACGAGGCAAGCAUAGAACCGGGUGUCUUGUUGGAUGCAUGAGGAAACUCCAGAAAUGGUGCUUGACAUCGAUAUUCGACGAAUACCAGCGAUUUGCAGCGGCCAAAGCUAGAGUUUCGGAUCAAAGGUUCAUGGAGUUGUUCGACGUUUCAAACUUAAAGCACAUUCCAAUGUCAUUCUCUUGCACCAGUAGUUAAAAUGAAAAACGUGAAGGUUAUUUGAUCAAUCGGUCAGUCCCUUGUUUUUCUCUACAUAGUUGAAUAACAAAAGGAGAGGAGAGAUUAUGAGUUAACCAGAGGAAUCAUCAUAUAUAUUCUUCUGGUUUUUGUUUUCUUUUCUUUUUCUCCUGAAUUAUAUAUAGAUAUAAAAAACAAAUAACAAUAAUAAUUGGAAGAAGAAAAAGAAUAGAUUCCUUUUCUUGUGAUUCUUUGUAAGCUAAUAAUGUAAUCGAUAUAUCUUAAUGUUCUCGAGACAGUGUAAUCAUUUAGCUAUAUAAAUAAUUAU